CCCAGCUGGACUCUCAGAGGAAAAAAGUGACACAACACAAAUUUUCAUGAUCUUUUAAAACCAAAGUAGAAAAAACACAGGAGCAAAAAUGUGAUAUUUUUACAACUCAUUUUGACAACCUCUGAUCUGACAGAGGUUCGAUUCCCCAAAGAAGACCAAGUAUCAGUUAUUUUGGAACUUUCAGACCACCAGUCACCAGCAGUGUACACAUAAAUCAGAUAAUAACUCUACGGUGAAAUACUAGAUACCACUCGCCCAUUAGAUUAAGAAAAUGUUUGCCAAGUUAAUUAAUCUCAAUAGUUAAAAAGUGAGAAUAUAUUCAGUUUGAAGACAAAGUUGCCCUACUUUUAUUGUAGAAAAAUCAUUUCAGAUUAUAUAAUUAUCCAGAGCACAGUGUUUUUCCAUCCUGAAACAUGCCUGUUGGCAAUCCUUAAACUUUUUUAACCUUCCUAAACUUUGUUCCAGCCAAAAGAGAAAAAAGGUUCUGGUGACCGGUUAGUGGUGCAUCUGGGAGUUGGAAAUGUGACAGAGGUCGUGAAGAGAGGAGAGACAGAGAGGAGAAGGCGGGGCCAGGAAGUGUGCCUCCAGCAGCAUUUAUAAACAUGGCCCCUCUACACACCUAGAGGUCAUUGUUUACAUCCAUCCAUACGUGACUUUUCUGCCUGUCAGUGUGAGAAACAAACAUCAUCUGCAGCUUUUUCAACAUUUUCUGCCUGACAGAGUUCACCUUGAAGCUUUAGAGCCUGAUCCACAGAAAGGAGAGAUUACUUCAGAGGGGGAAAACCUGCUGGAUUGUCAACAGUAAUUUAAUUUCUGCUUAGAUCUUUUAAAAACCAGCCGCCACCAUUUCACCCCCAACAGCCAUGUACAGCUCCAGCUACUCCCGGGCCAAGUUUGGCCUGGAGGCAAGGGAGCCGCUGCACAGGUCCAGAGGAAAGAGCUGCGGCUACUACAUGAGGAUCGUCUUCUUCUUCUCCUCCCUCAUCCAGUCUCUCAUCAUCGUCAGCCUGGUGCUCUUCCUCAUCUACGGACAGCCGGAGAAGACUGCGGAGGAAAAGAGGGUCAAGGUCAGAGAGAUUUUUUUCUGCUGAAAUAACCUCUCUUUAUUUGUUCUGAUAUUAGAGACCACAAUUCAGACAUGUUUGAGAAAGGAGCCAAAGUUAAACAACACUUUAGCCUCUGAUAAGAAACAAUGAGUCAGACUUCUAAGUAGAGAGGACAUAGAGAGUAAAAACAAUCAUCUCCUUCCUCAGUUUUGACGCAUAAUGAUUUCUCAUUUAAAUAUCAUUAUGGUAUCUUCAUUUCUAAGUGUUAACUCCACAUGCCCAGAUGUUUAAAUCACAGUCAUGAUGAUGCUGAGUGCUGUCUUCUGUCUAAGGAUCUGGAGAUGAACUUCAACAAGCUGACUGAGAACAACAUGCAGCUGAGGAAGGAGAAAGAGGAUCUGGGCGCUCAGCUGGGAGCCCGGACUGCAGAGAAAACCGCUUUGGAAGCAGACCUGGUCAAAGUGAAGACCGAGGCCAACAACACAGAGCACACGCUGAGAGGAAAAAUAGUAAGUACAUGAUAUGAUGAACCUGAUAAGAUGUGGCAAAGAGCAGUUUAAUGGGUCAAAUCUGCCUUUAAAACAACAAGAAUGUUUUUACAGUGUACAUGAUUAUUUUAUGAUGAUUAUUUCCUUUGACAUUGUUCUGGUUUUCCGAUUGGUCACCCGCGUUAGAGGAAGCGUUUGAGUAGAAUCACAGACACCCCGCUGUUCAAAUUUUCCAUUGAAAGAAAAAAAAAAAAAUCAUGUAUUUAAAAAUCUGUACCAAAGUAGAAGUAUGAAAAUGUACAUACACUUGAAGUAAAAAUAAGGGGAAUAAGUUAUUAUUUAGAAAUGUGUUUAGAAAAGUGAAAUAAAGAAAACCAAGUAAGGAAGAAUUACAGUGAGGUGGAGUUAGGUUAGGUUGAGUUAGAUUAGGUUACCUUAACUUAGAUUAGUUAAGACCGGGUUUGUUUAUCUUGGAGUAGAUACAUCUGGUUCACAGUCAGCCUUCUUGUUCACACAAAAUCAGCAUCAUGAAUCAUGAUAGACGGAUGUGUUAAAUAAUUAGCUCAGAACAGUAGUUAGCGUAAUAAUAACAUCAAAAUUAUUAACAAUCCUGUGAGUUUAAACUUCCAUAUUUUUUUUCCAUUUUAAGUUAACCUGCGAGAGAACAAGUGCAAUGACCAUGAAAAUGAUGACGCAGCGACCAAACCCUCCUGUCCAGACCCCGAUUGUGGUCACUUCCAGUGGUAUGUACUUCCUUACUGUUUUGGUGAACUGGUUUAAAACUGUUAAAUAUACCGGUUUGAUAGUGUUCAAUAUACUGGUUUAAUACUGUUACAUAUACUGGUUUAAUACUGUCAAAUAAACUGGUUUAAUACUGUUACAUAUACCGGUUUAAUUCUGUUACAUGUACUGGUUUAAUACUGUUCAAUAUUCUGGUUUGACACAGUAUGAUUUUUUUCUGUUAUUAAAUUAUUUGUGUGAAGUUUGACACGUAACAGGUUUUUAACUUUAAUUAUUUAAAGGAUUAUUUCCUAAUAAAACAUCUGUCAGGCUGUAUUGAUGAGUUAUUUGUUAUAAUUAUUUGUAGUUAUGUUAGUACAACAAAAUCAAGAACGAUUUUUUGUUAACAAUUGAUGACGGGUUUUGAAAAAUGUUAUUCUGAUAUUAUAAAAAGUUCCUUCGCUUCCCUUCAGGAGUCAUUUUAAAUCAAUUUCUAACAUCUGGUCUCUAAAAAGUCAUUUUGUUUUCUUCAAAUUUAAGACAGGCUCAUUUUUAGAGUGGGAAAUUAAAAAUGUCACAGAAGUAAUGAACCAAAACUAUUAAAGUAAAUGGUGAUAUUUCAACUGAACUCCUCAGGUGAGGUGAAGACUCUGCAGAGCCUGAACACGCAGCAGAAAGCCAUGAUAGAGCUCAUACAGGCUAAUUUCACUCAGACGGUUCAGUAUCUGGUCAUGGAGAGAGACAACGCCCUGAAAGAGCGAGACACACACCACCAGGACGCUAUUGUCCUGCGCAGGGAAAACACCAAGCUGAGUGAGCAGCUCACCGCCUACACCAGGUAACCUGCCUGUUUCUUUCUUUUUUAAUAUAACUCAACAUAUGAAGAUCAGUCUAAUUAAAGAUCGAUUUUGUGUUUUUAAUCAGAAAAUGCAAAGAGGACUUUGCCAACUCUUUGAACGGGAUCCAAAUCGUGACCAAGGAUUUCCUGAACAGGAUCAAUAACCUGUUUCCCCACCAGCUGACCUUUCACCUCACCUGUGACAGCCAGCAGGAGCAGAUGGAGAAGAUCAGAAACAGCUGCACCAACCUGUCCAGAGACGUGGAGAAUAAAUUCCAGAUGUAUUUGGACAGAGUGGGAAACAAGGUUCGUGCAACAUAUUUCAUGAAUUCUGGGUUAGAUGUUAUCAUCAAAACUUUUUUGUUUUUGUUAAAUAAAAAGUACAUCUUUCAUAAAGUUUGUACAGAAAUCAGAGGUUUCACUUUGUCAGCCAGGGUUGCAUAAUUGAAGAAGCAGAAACUUCCUCACAGGAGCUUUAACUCGUAAAAACACUGAAUUUUAAAAUGUGUUUUUAGAUUUCAGUCUAAAAGAUUUAGUAACUUAUUCUGCCAAAAAUUAAAAUAUUCAACACUUACUGAAAUAUAGACCCUUAAAAAAAGUUCACAGGUCUAGUACUCGAGUAAUUUAGUGAAAGUUCGAUUUUCAGUCUGUGCACUCCUUUGUUGUCAACCUUUUUUAAAAGUUCCCUCGAAGCUGAUGUAACAAAUCUGAAAUACUCGUAGAAGUCAAAGAACAGAUUGAAAAGAGAGCCAGUUUCUCGAGGGAGGAAGUCUAUCCUCUGCAUCAUUCAGGACACACCGAGCUAAAGAGACAGGCGGCCGUUUGGAUGAACUCAGGGUGAAAGCUCGAGUUUUCGAGGUGUGUAUUUUGGCUGACACAGCAGCUCUGUGAUACGAGACUCAGUGAGGCUCAACAAACAUCAUUUCCUUUACAGCUGAGACAUUUUAACCCUUUGUCAGUGUUUUUAUGACAAAGUGAUAAAAAAGUCAAACUUUCCGUUCUAAAUCAAACCGUUAUCUGCCGCUUUGUCAGACAAAGAGUGGCUGUGCUCACUUUAGUCACUGUUUGUUUUCCUUGUAUCCAGCAUGGUCCAGAUUUACAAAGGAUGCUGUUCUUGGCCAAAGCUUGUCAGUCCUCAGGUGGACCAUAACAUAACAAGACAAUAUUCAACAUAAAAACAAAUGAUCUUCACUUAUUUUCCACAUAUUUUAUGAGUCAUUGAGUCAGUGUUGGAUUUCCAGGGAGAAAAAAGUCCUUCAGAGUACAGUGUGAAACCUUUAAAAGUCUUUUAAGCAACAGGUAAAAAGAUAUUCAGUGUGAAACUACAUGAAACAAGCUCAUUUUGACAGUGUAAAUUUUUUAAAAAGCAAUUUUUUCCCCCAUAAAAAACAGGACAUUUUUACCUGACCGUGCAUUGCAGCAAAUUUAGAUGUAUAUGAUGUUUAAGACGGAUCCUGUUGAGUCUGAAUGUAAACACAAAGUUUGCUUCACGACGUUCCUCACAGUUUAAACUGUUUUCUAACUGAAGGCGAAGUGACCUCACCGAAUAAAACUUCAUAAUACACUGUUCAUUAAUCUUUUAAUUAAACUCCCUUAUCUCUGACAUUAGCUGAGCCCUGCAGAAAGAGAAACGGGCACUUUUCUCAAUGAUUAGUGUUACACAAGAGCAUUGAAACGGCACAGUCAAACUGAUGAUCUGCUUCAUAUUAAAAAUAUAAUUAAGCGACAUUAAUGUCACAGACCCUCAAUGCUUGAUUUAGAGCAACAUUAAACUGUGGAGUCAUUUCCCUCAGGGACUCAUUCAGUGCAGAUUUAAAACCCGGGACAGCUGUUCAGCUUGUACUCCAUUAUGACAUUGAGGAUAAUGUACGUUAACAAACACUCAUUGAUGGACAGAAAUAGACACAUGUAAAGAAAAACAAGUGUGACGAUGUAAAGAUGCCAUCUGGAAACAUGCUUAGUACAGUGGAGGGACCAAUUACAGUUCCUCUGCGGCUUUCUGCUGUAAAUACGAAAAUAUUUUUCAUCAGAUGAGAAGUACAUCACAUCUCUAAAAAAUGAUUUUCUUCUUCCAGGUGGCAGAGAUCCAGGCCCUGUCCAGUCGUCUGGAGGUGCAAACCGCACAUUUAAGCUCUGACCUGCAGAAGUGUGAACGCAGUCGCAGUGAGAUGGAAAUCGAGACUGCCAGACAACUACAGGAGAAGCAAAAGACUCACGACAACCAGGUCAGUUUAAACAACGCUGAUGUACAAACGUGUGGAAGCAGGCGGACUCUCUCAGUAACCGGUCAUAAAACUGGGAUUUCCUAACAGAUCUUAAAUCAGACUGCAGGAUAUGAGGAGCUGAGGUGUAGGAGGAGUUUUGUUGUCCAUUUAAAAUAAAACACGCCCGUUUAUUUCAGGUGGAGAAAUUACUGAUUGAGCAGAACCGGCUGAGAGAGCAGAAGAAGCUGCAAGAGGACACUGUGGCCCUGAAAGACAAAGAGCUCCAGACCCUCCGGCAAAUGAUCCCAAAUGCCCAGUCCAACUUUAAGGUAACAUAAACACUGCAAUCUCACCUUCUGCUCCAUUCAAGGAAAUGAUAAAAGACUCUGUAAGGGAGUUGCAGGAUUUGAAAUUGUUAAACACAAAUGAGAGAGUCCUCUUAUUUAACAUUUUGGUCUGAUCUCCGAGGACCUGUUUUUGUGGUUCUAUAAGUACCCCCCACCUCUGUGCCAUUACAUAAGAUUUGCUGCAUUUGCAGCAGUAUAGAGGUAAGGAGGUCUGUUUGUACUCAGCAGAAAAGAGGAAUCUGAGGGCAGCAGCUUCAGGAAGGAUGGGCAGGAGAGAUAACGACGGAAAACCUCUCACUAAGGGUCAUGAGUUCACAAACAGCAAGAACGUACAAAAAUAAGCCAGAGGUUUUAAGAGUUCUCUGUCAGAGAAGAAGGCAUAAAUGUUGGUAUCUUUGUUUGAUUUUUUAAUAAUAUUAAUGACUCUUUGUUUUAUUACAGCCCAGUAUUCCUAAACCAGCUGGUCUUCAGGUUGCUCCACCGCAGAUCGGACAGAAGUGGCCCUCUGUUGGCCUCAGCAGACCACCAACGGUAAAUUUAAUUUUAGACUAAAAACUGGAUCAUAAGAAGUGCUGUUAUAGUGAGUGACUUAUUUUGAGGAGUCCACUCCAAGGCGGCCCUAUGGGGCUAAAAAUCUUUCACACAUUGACCCAUUAAAAGUAACAGAAAACACAUUUAAAAGUUUACCAAAGAUUAAGAUGUCAACUAAAACACAGAGAACCAAAAAAAACAAGGAUCCCCUGAACAAGAAGGUUUUAAACUCUGAGGACCAGGUGAAGCUGAUUUUCAGUCAGUGAUUUCACCUGGGCAGAGCUGGGGAAGACAAAAGUGGAAAAAAAUGACCAACAAGAAACACACAGUCGUAACAGGAGCUUUUGCUUUACUUACAAGAAUGAAAAAGUGUUAAUAAGAGUUUAACUAUCAAUUGUUUUGUCUUCUAGGUGAGAUGAAUUCCAGCGUGAGAGGAACAUCAGGAGCCUGCAAUGAUUCCCCUAAAUAAUCUUAACUUUAACAUGUACAUAUUCUCCACACUCUUCCACCCACACAGCCUGUAAAUAUUCAGACUCCAUAUUAUAACAUAUUUAGAGUUGUUGGUCAUGGCAUGCUUGUUUUAAGAUUGUGUUGUUGUCUUUAAAUAUUUGCUGUGAAAAAAAUCCUCGGUUAGCAGCCGGGUAAAUGUAAAAAUCUGUUCAUGACACUGGUGUAAAUAUUCCUGUUGUGUGUCACUCACUUUGUUAUGUGUACUGUGAAAAAUAAAAAUACAUAUAGCCAAAGACCGAUUUCCUCCCUUCACUGUUUUGUCUUGGGCAUCUGUCCAAGAUUAAAAAUACAAUACACAGUCAGACUGGACUUCAGGCAGCAGCUGCUCACUUGGCAGCUAUAAACAGAAAGAUCCUGAAAUAGCUCCAUUUAUGUUUCCUUGUGAUUCAC